CUGCGGCGAACCUUCAUAUUCCUGUAAGGUUCUGAGCAAAUGAAGGCAUGUAACAGGACCUGAAGAAAAAAGAUUGAUCUAAUAUCAACACAGUCAAAAUGGCCCAGAAGACUACUGAAACAUCCUCAGAAAUGGAGGAACUCCAAAAGGCUAUUUCCAACAAAAAGGGUAAGGAGUUCAUUAAUAUUUUCGACAACUACAAAGACAAAAAGAAUUUAAAAUCAGAUGUGCGCAAUUAUCGUUGCCAUUCCAAAAAAGAAGGGGAAAAUACUGAGAACAAUAAUACGAUUCUUCAUCACGCUGCAGUAAAUUUAGAUGACGAGGACGAUGACAACGACAUUAUAGAGAAGAUAGUAAAACUGUCACCUGAUCUUCUGGCAUGUGGAAAAGUAUCUGAAACCCAUAAAGGCCAAACACCCAUCCAUAUCCUCAUUGUCAGGAAACAAAAAGAAACGCUUAGAAGAAUCAAAGAUUUGAUAUUGUCUGAUAAACUAGAAAUGGGCGAUACUGUAAGAAAUAACAUAUCCAACCCUAAAGUUGAAGGUAAAUUGUUCGAGAAGACUAUCAUGGAAGGUGAAUUGCCACACAUUGUGGCAGCACUCACACUAGACAUAGAGAUAGCCAAAAUUGUGAUAGAGAUGACUAGUCAGAAUAUCAAGGCGAAAAACAGCAACGGAAACACAGUUUACCAUUGCCUGGUGCAACAUGCUGCAAGAAAUCCGAACGACAUACAGGAAGUGAUUGCAAUGUGGAAAUUUCUUGUCCGUUAUCCAAACGAAAUGGCCGACCUCGAAAAGGCCGACCUCAUAGUAAAAGCACUUGACAAAAAGACGAUGAGAGAAACCAACAAUGACCACCUGCGACCAUUACAGUUGGCUGCUAAGCUUGGGGUAGCUGAUCUUUUCGACAUAAUACUGAAUUUAGAGAAGAUAAAAAAUGAUGACGAAGGACUUUUUGACUCGGACCUUUAUGAUAUAUGUGUAAUCGACACCGUGACUCACUUCAAAGUUCAAACAGUUAACAAAAAGAAUCAUGAGAACAACGAAAAUGCAAAGCGAAAUCAAGUAGGGCCAAUCGAAGCAGGAAACAAGGAGGACAAGGUCGGCAAAGCAGUCACAACCGAAAAGUACAAGUGGAGUCAGAGUGUAUUGGAGAUGGUGUGCAAUAGAAAGGUUGCCAGAAACAAGGAUUCUGUCUAUCAAAUAAUAAGACAACCUGCGGUGAAGAUGCUGAUUAAACUGAAAUGGAAGGAGAGUCGAAAGGCAGUGCGUAUAUUGGCACUUAUUCAUUUUUGUUUAAUGGUGUGGUAUAGUGCAUAUGCGGUAGUAUGGUCGGUUGAAGCUUUCCCCUCAAACUCAACCAACCCUGCUAUUACAGAUUACCAGAGAACCUUCAUGUUUGUCAGCUCCAUCCUGUGCUUUGUAGUCGGUGCACUGUAAUUGAUCAUAACAGUUUUACUGAUUAUAUCUCGAUGCAUACGCCCAAAUUCUUCUGAAUACUGUACACACGAUCUUGAAUACAUCGUUUUGCUGUGCUUGUUUUCAAUUGGCAUUUUGAUAGAUAACAUAUGGCAUCACAUUUACCUAGAACAUAGUGUCUCUUUUCUGCUCAUUUCUGUUCUCUCUGGCUGGUGGUUUUGCAUUUUCUUUUUUCGUGCUUUUGAACCAAUAAGUGUCUACGUAGCCAUGAUACAAAAAGUAAUUUUUGGGGACUUGCUUCGGUUUGGGUCGUUUAUCCUUCUGUCUCUCGUUUCAUUUAGUAUCGCUUUCCAAGUUUUGUUUCAAGGCAGUGGGGUAUCGAUUGCGUAUGAUGAUAAGGAAACAACUGAGCUACUUCAUGGUUUUAGUCGAACAAUACUGACUAAUAUUAGGUUGAUGUCUGGUCUGGCAGAUAUACAGGUUUUAGAUGAAGCUAGGGAACCAGUCAUUGCCUAUAUCGUCUACCUGGUGUAUGUCAUAAUGACGUACCUUGUUUUACUGAAUUAUUUGAUUGCAAUGAUUUCGGAAACGUGUGCCGCAGUAAGAGCAAACGACAGAGUUUUUUUUACCAUAUUCAACAACUCUCUGUCAUACUCUUUUUAGAAGAGAUAUGUUAUCCUUUUUGGACUCAUCGCCUGCCAAAAAUACCAUUUGAAUUGCGACCUGUAAUACGAAAAAACAAAUCCACUUAUUACAGCUUUUUAUAAGCAUGACUGACAAAAGGAUAGAAAGUGAAAAAUAGUGGAGAUAAAUCUUUUAACACCAAUCAACAAUUGAAACCGAUAGCAGAAACCCCUAUCUUAAAUAUAAGACAACCUUUCCUUGAAGAAUAUAUCGGUAAUGACGAGAAAACAAAUUAUAAGUUGAUUUGGAAAUAGGCUCGGUUGUAGAGUGGUGCAGUGGAAAGCGCAUUUACUUUUCACCAAGGCGGCUGGG